CGACCAGGCUCGAAGUGUCACUUUCAAGAGUGCAGAGAGUGAGCUAGUGUCACUCAGCUAUAGACACAGAGCCAUGGCUCGCAAGGACCUCUCCGGUCUCAAACACUACAAGUACUCUGCUGUAGACAAGUCACCGCUCUCCUACUACAUCCUUACACCGUACUGGCAAUUCUGCACAAACCUGCUGCCACUAUGGGUGGCACCCAACUUGAUCACCCUCACAGGUCUCGGCUUCAUUGUUGCGAAUGUCUUUUCAAUCUUAGUCUUAUUGCCCGAUCUCAAGGGACCGGGGCCGGCGUGGUUGUAUUAUUCAUUUGCAGCUGGUCUAUUCAUCUAUCAAACAGCUGACAACAUGGAUGGCAAGCAAGCCCGUCGAACAGGCUCUAGUUCUGCACUUGGUGAGCUUUUUGACCAUGGCAUUGAUUCCCUCAACUGUACACUGGGUGGUAUUGUCCUCUGCAGUGCCAUGGGAUUCGGUGCAACGCGCGACGGUGCAGUAAUUAUGAUUAUCAGCUCUUGGCCCAUGUUUUUCAGUUCAUGGGAGCAGUUCCAUACAGGCACGUUGUAUCUCGGAUACUUCAAUGGUCCAACAGAGGGUAUCUUGAUUGCAUGUGGGUGUAUGCUCGUCAGUGCCAUCUGGGGUCCCGGUAUCUGGCAACAACCACUCGCUGCACUGUUUCCAAUCUUGCAAGGCUUGGUCAAGUCACAGACAUUACUGAAGGAUGCAUUCAUGCUCAUGACAUAUUCAGCCUUGUUUUUUGUGCAUAUUCCGUUUUGCAUCUAUAACGUCUACCUCGCUCGUUCAGCCAGAGGUCUCGACACGGCGUCGACACUGCUACAAUGGCUACCACUUGGCUUGUUUACAGGUGCAGCUGCUGCAUGGAUUGGGUCUCCGUAUGGGACGAUCCUCAGGGACAACCAUAUGAUUCUAUUUGGCGUUUUGUGUUGUCUGGUCUUUGGUAGGAUGACGACCAAGAUCAUCCUUGCCCACCUCCUCAGACAACCCUUCCCGUUAUUCACAGUCCAGCUGGUUCCAUUGCUGCUGGGUGCGGCGAUUGUGAAUGCACCGAUGCUGGGUGUGCAGCUGAUUAGUGCAGAGCAGGAGGUCAAGCUGCUCUGGCUGUGCUUGGGAGUGAGCACUGUGAUGUAUGUGAGCUGGGCCGAGCAUGUCAUCAGGGACUUCACCACGUACCUGGGUAUUUCCUGUCUGACUAUUCCGUAUGCAGACAGCAGGAAGCGGGAUCUGUUGGCAUGAGAAGAGUAGAGUAUAGACAAGCCAUUCAAUCCUAUACAUUAUACAUAGUAUUGCAUACCCAU